CCAGAGUCAAAAAUCGCCCAGCGCCUGUUCUUCCAACUGUAUCUCUGAGUGUCCCCUCCGAGUGACGGAUUUGGACAAAGUCUGAGAAGACGCAUGCUCCUUGCCUGCCUUAGCAGACUAUCCAGUAUGUGACGGCGAUUAUGUCUGGCAAUCUCGGACGCAGGUUGUACACCAACUUCUGGGGAACAACAAAUCCAUUAACUGGACACGGGCAGCGAAUAGCCCGUGUGUCAUUUUUAUCCAAUUCGUUUGAUGAAGGAUGCUUUAUCUUUAGGCCCCUUCAAAGGCGAGCUGGGGGGUGGACUCCUUGGCCGUCCCGAGAAACCACAAGAUGGUUUGCUUCCGGAGGCUUCGCUUCUGGGAUUUGUUCCUGUUCGGCUAUAGUGGAAACCAGGGCCGGCAAUCACAUCUCUCCACUCAAAUUAAUAUCGCAUAGAGUUCAUCAUUACGAUAUGAGUCUCUUUGGCAAGCUUCGAAUACAUGGACUGAAGCGUGGUUUUCAUACAGAUGAAGGUGGCCGAGGAAGGACUGGGCUACGGAAAGAUAGCCAGGAUUCCAAUAAUGGACCCUGUCACUCUCAUCGAGAUACCGGGAACCCAAUCAUUGAUUCUCGUGAUGAUGGCCAAGCGUCAAGGCAGCAAAUACACGAGAUAAACCACAAAGGACAGUUGAACCGUCAUCUGAUUGACCGUUUGUCACAUAUGCCACAUUUGCACCGUCCCACAAAAGAAGAACUGCUGGCUGCAGCGAAUGGGUUUUGGUCACGGCUCAAGGUCAGGUUUAAGUGGUUCUCAAUCAGAAGUGUUAGACCAUUCAAUCUGGAUGAAUUAACUGCUCUGUUCUCCUGGGUGCUUUUGGGGCAUGUGGUUUGGAUUGUCUUGGGUACCACAACAUUCUUCUCGUUGCUAAUCAUUGCAAUAAAUACGGUGUUUGCUCAAGAAACCCUAGCUGGCUGGAUAGGCAACUAUUUCACUAAAUCUUCAGGUGUAAAGGUUGUGUUUGAAUCAGCAAUUGUACCCAAGUGGAGAGACGGUGUCAUAACCUUCAAGAACGUUUUUGUCUCGAGACGCCCAGGGCAAGGGACAGGACAUGUCAGUAAGGGAUCAUCGACGACUGCCGCUGCAGUAGCUGCCGCUGCAGCCCUCGGCGGUCAGUCUAAUCCUGAAAUGACCGACCAGCGACCCUCGUCUAAUGAAGAUGACACCAACUACACACAAUUUGAUGUGUCGAUUGAAACAGUCAACGUUACACUAUCGUUCACGAAAUGGAUCAACGGCAAAGGAUUACUCCGUGAUGUCGAGGUACGAGGGAUUCGAGGAGUGGUCGACCGCCGGUAUGUCCAUUGGUCAGACGACGACCUUGACCCGAAAUCGUAUCGACAUGAACACAACCCCGGCGACUUCGAGAUUGAUUCGUUCAAAAUGAACGAUGUGUUGGUAACCGUAUACCAGCCAAAUAGCUUUAGACCCUUCCCUGUCAGCAUCUUCUCCUGCGAUUUACCUCAACUAAGGAAGCAAUGGCUACUCUAUGACUUCAUGUCCGCCAACAUGAUGUCAGGAUCUUUUGACAAUUCCUUGUUCACAAUACAUCCCCGACAGACCCAUAGUUUUACUGGAGCGCAGCUUGAUAAUGGAGCGGACGAUGAUGGCAAACCGAGCCCAUGGAAAAAACAUAGCAGAAUUCGCAUCGAUGGCUUGAAUAUCGACCACUUAAACCGCGGAGUACAGGGUCCUUUCUCUUGGAUACACGAGGGCACUGUCGAUAUCGUUGCCGAUAUCAUGUUCCCGGCCGACAAUGAUGAAGGCCUCGCGAAGGUGAUGGCGGAUUUCUAUGACCGACUGGAAGCGACGGUCUCCUCCAAUCGUCCCAUUGACUCAACAUUGACCAAGGCCUCAUCAUCUGAUGAAAUCGCUUUCGAAGAGGAUAGGCGAUUCUUAGUCACCGACUUACGACUUCACUUGAUCAACGUCAAAGCAAUUGUUCCCAUCUUCACCCGUGAUCUUUCAUACAUCAACAAUGCGCUUAUACGCCCCAUCGUCGCCUAUAUCAAUUCAAGGCGCACCUUCAUCCCCGUAAACUGUCGCCUUGUAAAACAAGUGGGUGACUUUGACGGAAGUUGGACCACCUUUGAUAGCGGCUUAAUGGAUGAUCUUUCCGCAGCAGUGUAUGAUGCUUUCGCUCGAGAUGUAGUCGAUGAACAGGCCCGGAAGCGACGUUUCAAAAAAGUCGGCUUCUGGUCACUUCAAUUAGCCGCCCAAGCUAUCUUCAUGGGCAUGGCCGGUAAUAUCGCAUAGUAUUCACUAUUCUCUAACAUGUUUUAUCAAGGAGUUUAAGCUGGGAUUAGAGGAUUUGCAGGCAUAACGGCGUUGGAGAGGAAAAGCAUUCUGGUCUUGGUUCCGCUAAUCAAUUUCUGGGGGGAUGCAUUCGAAAGGGUGUUUCUGCAACUGCGUCUCAUAGGGCGCCUCUCUACUCACUCAUCAAACAACCAAUGGAACUGAAACACUGCUACUGGUUCUUUACUUGGUCAAGUGCAUACUGAUUGAGCGAGACAAUCACUCUGAAUUUAUCACGCCUACAGAACUCCUGUGUCGGCUCGAUGCUGGCAUUGCGUGCUUUCCGGGAUUUCUCUAGCAGUUGCUGCUGACGGAAUCGUAGUCCCCCCCCCCUCUUUUUUUUU